CAGCAGCGUCUAUUUGUGAGUUACUGAAACUCCCAUCUAGAAAAUCUGCAGACACGCAUUUUACCUGUUUUUAGGAAGAAGAAAGGGUCAGCCAGAGGGUCCUGAACUGACCUCUGGAGGGGCACCAGAAGGUUCCAAAAAAUGACCCAAUCUGUGCACAUAAACCCCAAACUGCCAAACUUGGGUGCCCCUUUCCAAUGUGCCAGUCAGGAGGAAAUGGAUCACAGUGGAUCCUAUUCUGUACAGACUCCUUAUGGAUUCCAGUUGGAUCUUGAUUUCCUGAAGUAUGUAGAAGAAAUAGAGAGUGGUCAGAGUAUCCGCAGGGCCCACAUGAGCCCUCGGAGAACAUCACGUAGCGAUAGAGCCUCUCAGAGGAGUGUAGGGGGUCGCACCAGUGGCUGGACAUCUACAGAGUCACUGGCAUCGUCGACUAGCGAGGAUGGGCGAUCUGUUCCUCCACCAAUUUCUCGAAGCCACGUUCCCCAGUCUCCCAGCAAGUCCCAGCCACUUUCACCAUCUUCAGUGUUCAGCCCCACACUAUCAUCCGCUUCGAAAGUCCCACCUCCACCUCCACCACGUAACCCGCGAGUGGAAAGAACACUACUUGAAACAAGCCGUCGACUGCAGCAGGAACAGGGUCUCUUCCAAAAUGGUUUAGGAUCUCUUGCGCCUGAUAUUUCCAAGGUGACUGUAAAGGAUGGAGGAUCCACUGGCAACUUGGCUGCCUCCUCCCAGUUUUUUUCAGAUGGUCACCUGCCACAGAUUUCACCUGCUUUGCAAAAUCCACCUACAGCUGGCUUGACCAGAGUUAGCCCUCAGAACUCGGGGAGGAGCACCCCAGCUUCCAACACUGGAACGUCUUCAGUCCCCCCAGCACAGCUCCAGACAGUACGAGAGCAGAUGGCUGCAGCUCUUAGACAGCUUAGGGAGAUGGAGGAGAAAGUGAAAGGGGUAUCAGCCUUGGAGAGAGAGGUGGCUAUGCUUCGCAGUGAAAAGGAUAGGCUCCUUCUGACCCUUCAAAAGAAAACCGAGGAACUUGAUGCUUUAGCUAAAGUGCAAAGCCCAGCUGAGGCAGUAGCAGGUAUGGUUCAGCCUGCAUGUUUGUCAUUAUCUUUGGAUCUCAGCAGUUCUAGUCAAAAGGUCAAAUCCAAUGAAAAAGUAAAGGAACUUCCAACUGUGAUAAUUGAGAAACGAUCCAUAGCUAUAGGUAGUGAUGUCCCUCUUGAGGCAGUGGUGGUUUACAAUCGCCAGGAUGCCAAAGAUGCAUCUGUUGAAGUCGCUGUUGAUGUCUGCCACAAAAGUACAGAGACUGAAAUGGCGACCAUGUGCAAUGAAGAAGUCCAGGCUGUGGUGCAGACAGAUGAAGCCGCUGUUUGGGUGAUGGAAUCUUUACUUGGACUGUCAAGUGAGGCUGAACAAGAAAUAGACAACCUGCAACAGACAAUCAAAUUUCAGCAAGAGUCAGUUAAAGUUCUGGAAACACGUUUAGCCCAGACCAGUCAACACCUGGAGGAGUUGAAGGCUAAGGAGAUGGAAAGGACGUCGAAGAUCUGGUUAGAAAAAGGGACACUCGUCCGACCGGAGAUGGCUGAGGCUGUAGUGGAAACUGAGCGUUGCGUGAAAUCAUCAGUUGGAGUGGGAGUAUCAGAUGCAGAUUUUCCAGUGACAAAAACUGAUCAGAGCGUUCAGACAGAUUCAGUAGAAGGUUCAGUAGAAAAGAUCCCUGUGACACGGGUCAGCACAGGUAUCCAGUGGGAAAAUCUCCAUAGUACUGACACACAAGACAAUCAAGAACAGUCAGUCUCCACAGAGGGCCCUCUAAAAUCUAUCAUGAAGAGAAAGGAUGGAAGUGGCUCAGGUGGGGCUUGCAGCAGUGGCAAGAAGAGCUUGAAAUUUGUGGGGAUUCUUAAUGGAGGGUAUGAGUCUACGUCUAGUGAAGAGGAAGAUGAGGAGGAGGAUGAAGGAAGCUCCUCAGAUGGAAGUGCAGAUGGUGCAUGCUCAGACAGCAGUGAGGAGGAAGCAGCAGCUCUGGAGGACACAUCGGAUGACGAAAGGAACAUAAAUCUGGAAGACAGUGAAAGUGAUGAAAACGUAGCAGCUGUUACAGAUGUUAAGGAGCAGGCUGAAGAAGUAAAAGAAAAGUUUGAGCUGAGUUCAAAAAUGCGUGAAGCUUGUCUCAUUUUGAAGAACCACCUGAACGAUGGUGCCAAAACAGCGAAGAGUAAAGAACUGUUGUCCAGCACACACACUGUGCAAUUGGAAUGGUUCAGAGUCUCCAGCGCUAAGAUGUCCCAGCCGUCGCGGGUCUCCAACUACCUGAUGGCUUUCUCUGAGAUCUCCCCUGUCCUACUGGGGCAUGUAGUCAACAUGACCGAUGGCAAUGGCAACACAGCUUUGCAUUACAGCGUCUCACAUUCCAACUUCACUGUGGUUGGCCUGCUACUCGACACAGGGAUGUGUAAUGUGGAUCAGCAGAACAAGGCAGGAUAUACCGCUGUGAUGCUGGCAGCAUUAUCAGCAGUGAAAGAAGAGGAGGACAUGUUGGUUGUCAAGAAGCUGUUCAGUCUGGGCAACGUCAAUGCUAAGGCAAGCCAGGCUGGGCAGACUGCGCUCAUGCUAGCAGUGAGUCACGGAAGGCAGGAGAUGGUGCGAGCUUUACUGGAAUGCGGUGCCAGCGUGAACAUACAGGAUGAUGAAGGAUCCACAGCGCUCAUGUGUGCCAGCGAACAUGGCCGUGCUGAGAUCGUCUCACUGCUGCUGGAGCAGCCAGGCUGUGACAUCUCCAUCGUAGACAACGAUGGCAGCAACGCCCUAUCCAUUGCCCUGGAGGCAUCCCACAAUGACAUUGCUGUGCUACUUUAUGCCCACAUGAACUACUCUAAAGCUCAGGCAGAUGUUCCCAAAGCAAACCCUAGGAGUCCGUCCAGUCCUAGAAAAACGUGGCCUUCUGAGUAAUGCAGUCCCAGCUCAGACAAAAGGAUACAAAUGGAUAUUAGCAGGACUAACUAUCUUGACUGGAAAACUAACAUUUUGUUUAUAUCACAAGUUUACAUGUAAUAAUAUUGUAUAUGCCAGCCAUUGAAUUUAUAUCCAGUUAAAUGUCAUUAUAUUGCGUUAUAGUGCAAUUAUUGUGUACAACUGCAAUAAUCAGUCAUUUUAGUGGGGUGGACAGAUGUGUGUCUGUGGAUGGUUUUAGAUCAUUUCUCGUGGAAGGAGAGUCGGGACCCAGGUCUCUUGAUCUGUAUGGUUCACUUCAAAGUGGUGAGCCAGUGUUUGUCUUUUAAAGUUACAAUCCGUAUGUUUUAGCCAUGUGUGUCAUUUUGGACUGAUAUUUUUCAUGGUUCUCAGAGCGGAUUGGCCGCUCAACAGUCAAAUAAGGCCAAAAUAAUGACAGAGUAGGUUUGCUUGGAAUGAGCAGGUUUUAGCACAACCUUUUGUGUGUCUGCAUGUGUAGUUGUUUCUCAUAAUAGAUCCGUUUUUAAAUUUGUGUUUAUAUAAAAUACUGUAGACACAUUCAGAGCACGUGAAAACAUUCAGAGCUCUGUAUAACGAAACUUUGCGUGAAUAUUCAAUCAGUAUGCAGGAAAGUGGUAAUUCAGGAGAAUGUUUGUCAGUUUAAGUAAUUCAGUGAUUUUCUUAUGCCUUACCGAUUAUAAAACCUAACCAAAGAGCACUACAGGGAGUAGCUUGCUUGGCUGUAGAUGAACUUCCAUCUAGAGCAUUGUUUUCCAGUACUGGGGUGUGUCUGCCGUACGUUAUCAUUUACCUGCCCUCCUGAUUCGGCUCAUGAAGGACUCUACACUGAAUGAGUAGACCAGGGCCUUAUGGAGCAGGGAGAUCCUUCACAAAGUUAGGGGUGAUUUCUUUUGCACUGAUAUAUUGUUAUAUUCAUAAUAGCACGUGCCCUCAUUUUCCUUUUUUGGAAACACUGACCUUUGCAAGCAGGGUUACCCCAUACAUGGGAUUGGAAAAUAAUGCUUUUUUUUCUUUUUUUUAAAUAAAUACUUUUACUUGUCUAGGCACAUAAAAAUGAGUGUCAGUAAGUAAGAAGUGGGAGAGGAUGGAGUACAUGUAUACAAAAAUCAGGUCAGGUCUGUGGUGGAACAAAAGACUUAUGAAGAAAAGCACUCCAUAACUAGCACAGAUGUUGAGUAUUAGUUGUUCUGUUGAGAUAUUGAAUGGUAACAUUGGUUGAGUUGAAUGGGUUUUGGGUAGCAGCUUCUGUCAGCAUUCGCCAGUUUCUUGGCAUAUGUUUGAGUAAAACUAAGCAAUAGUAUGUACUUACCGUUCCUUACCACACCCCUAAUGCAGCUGGAGGCCUAGGACUAGCUCCUAAUCCAACUGUAAUCAGUAUAAAUAAUCUAUAGUAAAAUCCAUUGAGAGAGAGAAAAGGCAAAAAGCUGUUCUUAUAAAUGCAUGUAAAUACAAAUUCAUAGCAUGGCUCAAUAUAAAUGGGGCCCAGAUGUUUUUCAGAAAUAACAUGGUUAAUUUGUGCCAUCUAGAGGCAAACUUGCAUACCGCCUCACCCACUGCAUCGAUGCGAGCUGAUGUAAAAUAAAUUGGUAGGUGAACCUUUUCAGAAGAACAUGCUUGAAAAAUAGUGUAAAAGACUUAUUUGCAGUUGUGUGCAGACGUUUGAACAACCCUGGUCAAACAAUGUCCCCUACAGAAAGCACUUCUGCACUAAAGACCCUGAGGGAGAAGCGGCUUAGAAAAUGGAUGGAUGGAUGUACUUCACUACAAUCACAAGCAAUGUGCAGCGUAGUUCAGCUGGAAAUCAGGAGUAUAAUCACUAAUUUGAUUGCCACUUUUCCAAUCACAUUUUGCUAAUUCUUCACUUUAGUAUUACAACUAAAUGGCAUUGCAUGUAACACAAAGUUAUGUUCAGGAUUGUUCAAGUACUAAUCAAAACUUGGAUCUUUUGCCCCUUUCCUAGCCACUGUAUGGGUCACUCUGGCUAGUAUUUCCACUGUGUACCCAAAUCUUUCAUAGGCUAAAGCUACACUGAAAUUUCCUCAUGUCCCAACUAUAAUCCAGCUUCCUCCAUUGCUUGUUGUAGUAGUGAAGAAAAGGCCUUUGGUAAAUCAGCUCAGAGCUAUUAAUCCUUUAUAGCAGGGGUGGAGAAUUGAGGGCCAGAGUCCAGCAGUUUCAUGGUUUCUCAGCUCUAGCACACCUACUAAAUCAGGCAGUUAACUGAUGAGGUUGACUCCGGUAUGUUUGAGCAGGAAAAUCGACACACUGUACACUGUUCCCUACCUCUGCUUUACAGGCAAGUUCCAAGCAGCCGUUUGAAUGAUGGUCAGCUGAUUGCAGCAUGUGUUCAGAUUCUCUCCAUCUCUACUGCUGUACUACCACAGUACUGUUAGACAUAUGAGAUGUAUUUAGCACCGUUAUCCCACAAAAGAUAUCCUGAAUUAACCUUUACAUGUAUAAUAUGUUAUCCUGUGUUCACAGAUUACUUGCUGUAUCAGGAAUUGUGCCUAACCAGUCGUUUGACCCUUUACUGUAUUAUGUUGCAUUUUUAUUAUGCUUUGUUACGUGCCUUGGGCUGCUUAGCCACCUUAAAAACAUGCAAAUAAAGUUUAUAUUACAUAAUAUAAAUACCUGUAACUUUAAAGAACCACAA